GCACUUUUGAAUUUUCCAAUGUUAUUAGAAGGUCACAGUUUUGAUACACAUGAUACAUUCGUAUACUCAAAUAACUCAUCGAACACAUGCGAAUAUCCUUCAGACGUUGGCAGUAGCAGCAGUACCAGAGAUAAGAACUUUCAGAAUGAUGAAAGGCCGAAUAACUGUGAAUAUAAUGAACGAUUAGAUUCAAUGUUUCCAUACUCCAAGCAGUGUACAACAGGGAUGUGUGAUUAUUCCAACGAUCUGAUUGAUCUUGAAAAGAUUAAGCAUGCAAAUCUCUUUUCUGACAGCAAACUAAGUGAUAUAAAUACAAUUUAUGAUCAAGCUGCAUCAAAACUAAAAGAAAAUUUAACGGUUCAUUAUCAAUCAGUGCAAGAGGAAAUUAUGUCAUCUUUAAAGAAUCUUUUUUCAGUCGAACUGCAACGUAUAAAAACUGAUAUGAUAAAAUUGAAUGAACAAGUCAUUAGUUUAAGAGAUCUUGCACUUAAUCAUGAAGGUACAAUAGCACGAAAAGAACAGAUUAUCUGUGAUUUAAAUGAGAAUAUUAGCAAAUUGAAAGCUCAAAUAGAAAUGAAUUCGAAGAAAGAAUAUGCUAAAAGGAAAGUAAGUAUUGUUUAA